AUGGCCAAACGCGAUUCACGACAAAGACCCACAACGCGUCACAGCUCGUACGAACGUGAUUCUUGGCGUUUCACACAAUGCGUCACAGCUCGUCCCUCCAACUUCCCGUGGCUCAGGAUGAUUCCAACAUGGUACUACACGGCUCGGGGCCAUGAAACUCUACGGGCUUUCGCCACGGUCCUUUGCCAUGUCGCAUCGCGGCUCGGGAGCGUUACGGCUCGAGGGCACUACGGUUCGCGGUCGUGUGGCGGAUGA